AUGGAUUCAAUGAACACCAUCAUGGAGUCAAUGAAGUUCACCACGACUUCAAUGAAAUUUACCAUGAAUUGGUCACCCGCCGAGUCUCACCCAGGCGUUCGACACCACUUAGAAUCGGGCGACUUGAUUGAAGCCGAUGAUGAGAUGGAAGAGCGAGACCGUAAACCACAGAGAAAGGAGCAGCGCAACGCAAAGAAAGGUCGGGAUGUCAAAAAAGAAGGCAGAAAACACCGUCACACCAUCGCCGAUGUCAAAGCUCUGCAAUACAAGAAAGGUCGGGUUGACAAAAGAGAAGGCAGAAAACAACGUCACAAAAUUGCCGGUUCUCGUCCUCUGCAAUUCAGGAAAAGCUCGCCUAUCUCUGUAUCAAAGCCUACAGCCAAGAGAAGCCGCGAAGAUGAUGGAGACGACAUGACCUCAGAUAGAAAGCAGGAAAACGCAGUAAACCAAAGAGCUAUAAAGAGGCCAUGCGACAAAUCUGUCAAGGAUCGUACGAUCCUGGGCAUUGACUUCUUCGACCUUGUUGAAAGAGAAAGAGACGGAGGGGAAAUUCGAUUCGACAUCAAGGAGGACCCGUGGGGAUCGUCCAAAAGUGGCAGCGUCACUAAAAUCUCUUGGGGAAAGAACGUGAAGCGAUUUGAGGACGAAAUGUCUAUGCUCGAUGCAGCAAUGGGUGGAACUUCUUUGAAUCAAUAA